UUGUCACAGUAUUGGGUGGUCUUCGAAAAAGUGAACGAGCUGAUGAUCUUGGUACCUGCGCUUCUUGGGCUCAAGGGCAACUUGGAAAUGACACUGGCGUCGCGGCUGUCCACGCAGGCGAACCUCGGCCACAUGGACACGCCCAAGCAGCAGUGGUACAUGAUCGUCGGAAACCUCGUUCUCAUACAGUGCCAAGCGAUAGUGGUGGGCUUCCUGGGGUCGAUCGUGGCCAUCGUGAUGGGCGCAAUGCGCAACGGGACCGUCUCGCUGGACCACGCUUACCUACUGUGCGCGAGCAGCCUCGUGACGGCGUCCCUGGCCUCGUUCGUCCUUGGAUUGAUAACAGCCGCAGUGAUAGUACUGUCGCGCCACUGUCACAUCAAUCCGGACAACGUGGCGACCCCGAUAGCCGCCAGCCUCGGGGACAUCACCUCCCUCGCCCUACUCUCGUGGAUCUCGACGAUACUCUACGAGUCGAUCGACAAGAAGGACUGGCUCGCGCCCCUCGUCAUCUCCUGCUACGUCCUCGUCACGCCCCUCUGGGUCUGGAUCGCCAAGAAAAACAAGUACACGAACGACGUGCUCUACUCCGGCUGGACGCCCGUCAUCGUCGCCAUGCUCAUCAGCAGUUGUGGUGGAUUGAUACUCGAGUUCAUGGUGUCGCGCUUCGAAAAUCUCACCGUCUUCCAGCCUGUGAUCAACGGAGUCGGCGGCAACCUCGUCGCCGUGCAGGCAAGCCGGAUAUCGACGGCCUUGCACAAGCAAGCCGAUCUCGGCACGUUGCUCAUACCACCAGGACACAAUCAUCCCGUCAUCUUCAUCACACCGAUCGCUGCUUUCUUUGGAAAAGGUAUGUGCAACAUUCAAUCUUUUUUAUUUAUAUUUCCACUCGAGAUCACGAUGAAUUGCAUUAAAGUGCCGAUAUAAUGUAAUAUUGUUCUUAAAUUACAUGAUAUAACGUAUAAAUUAAUUAAAAUAUAUUGACUGACUCGGGUGACUCGGAGGUGGCAUGUAA